GUACGCUGAACGUUUUUUUUGUGAUGGGCAGAACCCAGACCGGAGCAAAGGCAACUCAGGAUGCCUUAUGCGAAGGAAGAUCCCUGUGUGGCCCUACCAGUCAAACGGGGAGAUGGGCUGGAGAUGUCCUUGCCGAGGCCAGUCAGAGAAGGAGAGUACAUCUCUUCCUGGUGGGGCAUGUCGAUAGAUGAAGGGGUCCUUAUCUGGAUCGAGUCUGGCCUUAGGGAUGAUCAGGACUGCGCGAUUGUGAGGGUGACGCUGUACGCCUCGCCGUCAUUCUGGGUCUUGCACGGGAUAGAGUUGGCACUUGGGCAUGAAAACCUACUCGCGAAACCCUUGAGAGUAGCUGAGGCAGCCGCCGCAAAGUGGGCAAGAGGCAAGGUUCAGGGAGGGGAAGAGCAGGUGGUGACCCAGGUAGGGGUCAAGCAUGCGAAAGAGUUUGCACUUCCCUCAGCCCCAUUACGAGUUACCCUGCCAGAGGUCUUAAUAGAAGAAAGCUUUGGGGGACAGGCAAGAGUGGAAGCCGCCGCAGAAACCGCUGUGAAGGCACGCAAAUGGGGAUACAUGCGAUACACGUGCAAAUUGAUAUAUGGCCUGUAUCUGCAUCAGAGGUUUUUGCCCGGUAGCCAAGGACUCAGGAGCGUGGCCAGGGUGGUUGAUGAGUAUGCAAGCUCCCAUGAUCCCGAUGGGGAGGUUGUAGACUGGAAUGAGGUUGCCAGGAGGUCUGUGAGAUGCGAGAGGAGGAGAGCGAUUUUGUUUUUGCAAUCCUCCAACUUGCCAUUCUCGGCCUCGGUCCACCAUGCCGCUGCCAUUGUGAGCAAGAUUCUGCAAGCGCUGCAUAAGCCAGGGAUCCGGCCAGCAGCUUUACCAUCGCUGCCACUCUCAGCGAUGACAGGCCUCUAUGCAGCUCAAUCAGGACCACCACCAAGUGUAUCAUCAAUAGUAGCUCUAUCUCAAACUGUAGCUUCUUCAUCUUCUGGUCCAGCGACUGUUGCUACACCACAGUCGCCACCUGUCUCACAACAGGGACAGCAAUAUCCUUGGUACCCCAAGAGCCCACUGAACCCACCUGCAACCUUCUCAGGAGACAAGAAGGAUGAGGCUUUCGACACAUGGUUGAGAACGGCGCCAGUGUGGGUGAGGGCGAAAAGGACAUUGGUAGAAGAGGAAGUGAUUACUGCUGCAUCCUACUUAGAGGGUUCAGCAGCCCGCUGGCUAAAUGGAUUGGUAGCUUCAAAGGGCUUCGGCAGGAACAUGCAUGAUUGGGCGCAGACCCACACAUUAGAAAGCUUUAUGGACUUAGUGGAGGCUCGUUGGCACAACCCUCAGCAGGCACAGAUUGCCACUAAUGGGCUCUUGAAACUUGAUACUAGAAAGUACAAGUCUGUGCGAGAACUCACCACAGUCAUAGAGCGCCCGAUCGUCGUCCCGGGAGUGGAGUACAAUCCACAGGUCUUGCUGACCAUGUUCCUAAGAUGUCUUCCCACAAACAUUAGGAAUCAAUUAGCCAGCGAGGCUCGCAGAGAGUAUCACACAUUUGAGUCAUUCAAAAAGAAGGCCCUAGACUUAGAGGCUACGAUGGGUGGAGCUCAAACCCCUUCUACGGAUGGGAGAAAGAAGAAGACUCCACAAGAGUGGAAGAAGAAGGGUAGUCGAUUGAUGAUGGUUGAUUUUGAUGGGAAUCAAGCCGAGAUCGAUGAUGUUUCCAAUCUUGUGGAGGGUUCAGAGUUUGACGGCGAGGAGAGUGCUGAGGGUAGCAACCUCGCCGCCGUAGUCAAGACUAAGGCAGCUGGCCGCGGCAAGGGCGGUCAACAAAGGAGUCAGGGGCAGGCCGCUAACCCAAACAAAAUAGCUGCUUGGGUUAGGGCAGGUCUGGAUCAAGAAGUGUGGUGGGACUGUUGGUCUCGUGGCGCUUGUAUUAACUGCGGUGACGUACCCUCCCCGUUUCAAGAGAUGGCCAAAGCUAUUGACUCCUUAGUCACCCCGCAGACGCAUCCGGACCCAACCAUACUCUGUACGUUGGAUGUGUUUGAGGCCUUAGAGGACCUUCAAGGUAAGUGGUCGGCAAGGGACCCUCGUGAGUCCUGGGUGGCACUGAGUAGAGGUCCUAGAGGGGAGCACUUCGUUGUGGAAGUUGAUGUGGGUGGUCACAAGGGCGGCGCCUUCGUAGACAUUGGCUCCACGCGAAACUUCAUAAGUCGCGACUGCGUUGACAGACUUUGCCUAAAGGACCGGGUGCAGCGCCUUAGUAGACCGGUAGCAUCUACUUUGGCCAACAAAGAGCGCAUGACGGUGGAGGACUACGUUAAAAAUGCAGUCUGCACCUUCUCCUACCCAGGAGGAGAGAUAAACCACAAAAUAUCAUUCCUGGUGAGUGACGAGUUGCCCUUUGAUAUGUUAUUGGGCAUGUACUACCUCGAGGUUGCCAAGCCCCAGUUUGACUGGGACAAGAAGGCUUUGAAGCAUGAGUUGCCUAGUGGGAGAACCGUGAGACAGGCUUAGAUCUUCCAUGACUACUUAGACAAGUUUGUUGUCGUGUACCUCGACGACAUACUUAUCUUUAGUAGAUCUGUCGAGGAGCAUGCUCAGCAUGUAGACAAAGUACUUUCACUCCUUUGGCAGCACAAGUAUAAGAUAAACUCUGAGAAAUGCGAGUUUGGUCGCACUCGAAUCUUGUACUUGGGUCAUGAGGUAUCCGUGGAUGGGAUUAGGCCCGAAGAUGCGAAGGUGGCUAGCAUUCGUGAUAGGCCACGACCCCAGUCUGUGACUGAGGUCAGAUCAUUCUUGGGAACGUGUGGUUACUACCGCAAUUUCGUAAAGAAUUAUAGCACAAUUACAUCUCCCUUGACUGAUCCAACUCGACUCGAUACACCGUGGGACUGGACCGACGAGUGUGAGGCAGCUUUCAAGCGUUUGAAGCAUGCUCUCACACAUCAUGAGGUUCUCAUGGUACCUGACCCGCAAAGGCCAUUCGUUGUAACCACUGACGCAAGCCAAUAUGGGAUUGGCGCAGUGCUGGCUCAGCAGGAAGGGAAGAAGUUGAGACCGAUCGAGUACAUGAGCAAAAAGAUGCCUUCAAAGAAGUUGGCAAAGUCCACCUACGAGAGGGAACUCUACGCUCUUUACAAGGCACUUGUCCACUGGAGGCAUUACCUGCUAGGAAGGUUCUUCUACUUGAGAACUGACCAUCAGACACUCAAGUGGAUCAAGACUCAACCAGUUCUCUCCGAUGCACUCAAACGCUGGAUUGAAGUCAUAGAUCAAUAUGAUUUCAAACUAUACUAUUUGAAGGGAGAAUACAACAAGGUUGCAGAUGCGUUGUCUAGGAGGGCAGAUUACCUAGGUGCGCUGAUUUCGGAGUUUGGUUUGUUUGAGGACGUGACUCGAUCGUUGGAUGAAGCCUACAAGGAAGAUCCCAUCAUGAUGGACAUCAUCAACAAACUACAGGCUAAAGAUAAGGCCACCACUGAUGAGUUUGUGAUGGUGGAUGGGUUGCUCUUUCUUGAGAAGGCAGGGUUCAAGAGGUUGGUUGUUCCAUCUAGAGAAACUUUGCGUAGUUUAUUUUUAGGUGAGUGCCACGACGCAAUGGGACACUUCGGCUAUAAGAAGACGAGUGCUAAUUUAAUACAGCGAUUCUGGUGGCCCAACAUGCUUGACGAUGUGAAGUACGUGGAGACCUGUCAUGUCUGUUAGCGGGACAAGCCGCGGACUCAA